UGUCUCCAAAUGCGGAAAUCAUUGUGUGAAAGGUUGAUCGCCGUUGUGAAAUUGAAUCCUUAUUCUACACCUCGUUCUUACACAAUCAUGGCUUCAAACGGUGCAACGCCACCUGUUACCGUGCAAUCCCUCAAUCCCAAGGUAUUGAAAUGUGAAUACGCUGUUCGUGGUGAGAUUGUCUCUGUGGCUCAGAAAUUACAACAAGACCUGCAAGCAAAUCCAGGUUCUCAUCCUUUUCAGGAGAUACUUUACUGUAAUAUCGGAAAUCCACAAUCACUUGGUCAAAAGCCCAUAACUUUCUUUCGAGAGGUUCUUGCAUUAUGUGAUCACCCUGCCUUGUUGGACAAGAGGGAAACAAACACUUUGUUUAGUGCGGAUUCUAUAAAACGAGCGUUAAUGAUCUUGGAUCAAAUACCUGGUAGAGCUACUGGUGCAUAUAGUCACAGUCAGGGUAUUAAAGGAUUGCGCGACACCAUUGCUUCUGGUAUUGAAGCUCGGGAUGGUUUUCCUGCUGAUCCAAAUGAUAUCUUCUUGACAGACGGUGCAAGUCCAGGGGUCCAUAUGAUGAUGCAGUUAUUAAUAAGAUCAGAGAAUGAUGGAAUUUUAUGUCCCAUUCCUCAGUACCCUCUUUACUCUGCUUCCAUCGCCCUUCAUGGUGGCACUCUUGUUCGUUAUUAUCUUGAUGAAGCAACAGGGUGGGGACUUGAGGUCUCUGAACUCAAGAAGCAGUUGGAAGCUGCCAGACAAAACGGUAUUACUGUUAGAGCCUUGGUUGCAAUUAAUCCAGGGAACCCAACAGGCCAGGUUCUAGCUGAGGAAAACCAACGACAGAUUGUCGACUUCUGCAAGAAAGAAGGUCUGGUACUUUUAGCAGAUGAGGUAUAUCAAGAAAAUAUUUAUGCACCUGACAAAAAAUUUCACUCAUUCAAAAAAAUAUGUCGUUCUAUGGGAUAUGGUGACAAGGAUAUCCCCUUGGUUUCUUUUCAAUCGGUGUCUAAAGGAUAUCAUGGUGAGUGUGGGAAAAGAGGUGGUUACAUGGAAGUAACUGGUUUUAGUUCUGAAGUUAGGGAACAGUUUUACAAGGUGGCGUCUGUGAAUCUUUGUUCAAAUAUUUCUGGUCAAAUUCUUGCAAGCCUUGUCAUGAGCCCUCCUAAGGUUGGAGAUGAAUCCUAUGACGCAUAUUUGUGUGAGAGAGAUGGGAUCCUGAAAUCACUGGCAAGACGCGCUAAGACGUUGGAAGAUGCAUUUAACAGCUUAGAGGGUGUUAGUUGCAACAAAGCAGAGGGAGCAAUGUACCUAUUUCCACAGAUUAAACUGCCAAAGAAAGCAAUAAAAGCAGCAGAAGAGGCUAAAAAAGCGGCAGAUACUUACUAUGCUAUCCGUCUCCUUAAUGCCACUGGCGUUGUUAUGGUUCCAGGCAGUGGUUUUGGUCAGGUCCCGGGAACGUGGCAUUUUAGGUGCACGAUAUUGCCUCCGGAGGACAAGAUUCCAGCCAUUGUUUCACAGUUGACAGAUUUCCACACAAGCUUCAUGAAUGAAUUCCGUGAUUAAACAAGAUCGGACCUUCACAAGAAUAACCGUCUUAGGAUCAUUGUUUUUCUGUUUAUCAAAGGCCCGUCUGUCUAAAAUGAAUUACAUUUUUGGGUUCUUUUACAUGGAUGUGUUUCCAGAUGAAAGCAUUCUAUGGUAUAUGCAAAGAUCACUCCUUAUGAAACAUGAUCAUUCCAACAACAA